GUUUCACCCGGAAGGACGUACAUGUACAGUUCAGACAGCAUGGUGGAAGAUCUGAAGAGGCACAAUGGCACAUAGCGUACUUCAUUGCUUUAAGAGGAUGAACUUGCCUGUUCUUAAUGCUUGUAACGAUCUUUUUAUUAAUACUCUACGGGUUCAGUCCCGUAGUUAUGCUAGUAAGAAACCAGUUACCAAAGGCAAAGGUAAAGGAAUGGUAAAGGAAGUUUUUAAGGGUCCAGAAGUAUGUAAGGAUCCAGUGAGACUUUGCACUCAUGCAAUUGGAGCCAACAUCUUUAAACAAGGCGAGGAUCCUCUUAUUAAACCCAAGGAGGAAUACCCAGAAUGGUUGUUUGAGUUGGAUCUCGGUCCACCCAAAAAACUCAACGAACUGGAACCAGACAGUCGGGAAUAUUGGAAGCUUUUAAGGAAGGAGCAUAUUUGGAGACAUAAUAAACUGCAUAAAGGCAAAAAGAUGUAGAGACUUUGGACAUAAUCAUGCGUCUUUGGGAGCAAGGCCUGGGUGAACCUUUGCCUUCCCAGCAUUCACAGUGGACAUUACCUGAGGCGCACUUCAGAUAUGGAGAAGUUUAUCUUCUUUUCCAGUGUAACGAACAAAUCAGUGCUGACAAAGAUAAGCAAACUUUCAGUUUUGCUGAUGUGCUGGUACUAUGUCUGAGGAUCAAGUGGAUGUAUUUUUGUUGUCAUUCUUUGUAUUAUUGUGUUGUUUUUCUCACUUCGGUCACAUAAAAUAAAAAUAAAAAUAAUUCUAAUG